CUCUUGCUCCACGAAAGCCUAGUUGCUGUAGACAACUUCGUCCGCGCGGCCGGGAGUGUCUCCGGCGGCGCCGCCUGCCAUGGAGGUGGAGGCGGGCGGUCCUGGUUCCAAGAGGAGGAAAUCAGCGGCCCUCGGAGUCCACGUAAGGGUGCCGUCGCCGGCGGAAGCGCACGAUUCGGACCCUUCAGCGAAGCAGGACGACGGUGGCGCCGACCGCAUCAGCGACCUCCCCGACACAAUCCUCGGUGAGAUCAUCUCCCUCCUCCCCACCGGUGACGGCGCCCGAACGCAGAUCCUCUCUCCCCGGUGGCGCCACCUCUGGCGCUCGGCCCCUCUCAACCUGGACUGCCGCGAAUUAACGGACAACCUCUGGCACCUCCCCGAUUUCACCGUCACACAGAUCCUUUCUUCCCACACUGGCCCCGUCCGCCGCUUCUGCGUCCCUACUCACCACUUCCUCGGCGUCCCAGAAACAACGUUGGAACUCUGGCUCCGGUCCCCCGGCCUUGACAAUCUCCAGGAGCUUGAAUUCAUUUGCAUCCCAGCCUCCACCUUCCGAUUCUCCGCCACCCUCCUUGCUUUCACAUUAGGACAAUCCCUACUCUCCGAUGACAUCACUCGAGGACUCCACUUCCCUCUGCUUAAGCACCUCACGCUUCAAGAAGUCACCCUCUCGGACUGCUCUCUGCACAGCUUCAUUUCUGGGUGCCCUGUUCUUGAGUGCUUGCUCAUCUACGGCAGCUUCGGACUCCGAUCUCUCAAAAUUAACUCCUCUACCCUGAGAUCCAUAAGCAUCAAAGCUGGUAACCGUUUUGGAAGCGACGACAUCGAGAUUAAAGAACUCGUCAUCGAGAAUGCUCCUUGUCUUCAAAGGUUGCUCGGGCUUCACUUCGGAUAUGGUCUGCACGUAUCGGUUCUCUCCGCGCCUAAACUGGAGGCCUUCGGCUGCUUUUUUACUUGGGCUUUCUCCUCUACCAAACUCGUGCUUGGCUCCUCAGUUAUGCAGGUAAUUAUUGCCUUCCUACUGCUUUCCGUCACAAGUUAUCUCGGCUGCAUUUCUAUCUGCCCUUGUUGA